GGAAAUGUCACAGUUGUCAUUAUUUUCUUUUGUGCGAAGUCUGAAUUAAAUUUUCCUAGCAUUUUCUUGUUAUUUAUUUGUAGUUAUGUGAGAAAACUAGUAAAUUAGAUUAGCUUUAGUUGUGUAUUAUUAUAUGGAUAUGUGAUAAUAGUUAAGCGUAGUCAUGUUUGGGUAUAGCAAAGAGGCUGUUAGAGUGAAAGUGAAGAAGUGUGAAGGCAAGCUCCAGCCAGAACUGAGGAAGUUUUCCGUUGACCCCCAGAUAACCUCGCUGGAGGUUUUACAAAGCAUUUUAGUGAAAGCAUUUGACAUCAAGUCUGAUUUCACACUGUCAUACCGGACUGCUGAUGACUAUGGUCAGGAGAUCUUCCUGCCGCUACUCUCUGACUGGGAUCUGGAUGCUGCUUUUCUCAAGGCGCAUAACAUAGCACAAACUCAGCGUUCAGAGCCAUGCGUCCAGCUCCGCGUAGACAUGAAGCCGUUCGCGGAGGCGUCAGAGGACUGGGAGCCGCCCGGGCUGAGCCCGGCGCCGCGCGAGCCGCCGCCCACCGUGGCGCCCGCGCCGCAUCAGCCCGAGAAGCAGGAGGUGCCCACUGGCUUUCAGGGGUUGUUUAUGAAUCAGGUCGAGAGGACAUUCAACAUGGUGUCGCGCGCGCUCAACCUAUACGAGGACCCGAACACGCCGCCGCGCGCGCCGCUCUCCGACAGCGAGUUCCGCACCUUCCUCGACGCGGUCGGACAGAUCACCAACACCACCAAGCUGAGAGAAGUCAUUUAUUGCGGCGGGAUAGACCCUAGUUUAAGGAAAGUUGUUUGGAAGCACAUAUUGAACGUGUAUCCGGACGGAAUGACGGGCAAGGAACGAAUGGACUACAUAAAAAGGAAAGCUAACGAAUACUACACUCUAAGAGCUCGGUGGAAAGACUGCAUACAGAAAGGAAUAGUGAACUCUGACUUGGCGUACGUGACGAGUAUGGUCCGCAAAGACGUGUUGCGCACAGACAGACACCACAACUUCUACGCCGGCAGCGACGAUAAUCAGAAUAUAGCUUCACUCUUCAAUAUUUUAACCACGUACGCGCUGCAGCACCCCCGGGUAUCGUACUGCCAGGGCAUGUCGGACCUGGCCUCGCCCCUGCUCGUGACCAUGGGCGACGAGGCGCACGCCUACAUCUGCCUCUGCGCGCUCAUGGCGCGCCUCCACUGCAACUUCUUACUCGACGGGGAGACCAUGACGCUCAAGUUCGCGCACCUCACCGAGGCGCUGCAGGUGUACGACCCCGACUUCUACGCGUACCUGAAGUCCCAGCAGGCCGAUGACCUGCUGUUCUGCUACCGCUGGCUUCUGCUGGAGAUGAAACGAGAGUUCGCCUUCGACGACGCGCUUCGAAUGCUCGAGGUGCUCUGGGCGUCGCUGCCGCAGCGGACGCCGGCGGGCGAGCUGUCGCUGGCCGAGCGCGAGUUCGACGCGAGCGCGGAGAGCGCGUCGCCGCCGCCGCUCAGCCCGCUCGUGAAGGCGCCGCGCGACAACGCCUACACCAAGCUGUGCGCCAUCCGCCGCCAGAGCUCCAGCUUCAGCCUCGCCAACGUCAAGGCGCCCAAGCUGGCCACCCAGCGCCCGCACAACCACAGCCUCGACGAGAGCGCCACUCUAGACGACUCCUCGCUCAAACACGCCAAGGAGUUCCAGAGCCUCGACGAUGCCGCUCUGCAGACCGUCAAAGCCAAACUCGAUAACGAGGUCGAUACCAGUGAAGAUUCUAAGGAAUCGAAACCUGAACCAAAUAUGACGAGCGUGCCCGAAACUCAGAAACCAGACCUGACUCGCACCAGCAACGGGAGCGUCGUCAACGGAAAAGCGCACCCGGAAGGAAAGGAUACGACGUUGGGAGGACAAAUAAGAUUGCUCCGAGACAAAAUAUCCGUGCACAACAACAAGUUUGACGGCCCCAAUGACGUAGAUCCCAACAGCAGGCCGAAAGUGAGGAUGAUCAAAAACCUAAACGAGUUUCUCAAUUUCGCGACGGCGAGCAAACCGGAUCCGAUUAAACGUGAAAAAUUACAACGAGCACACUCGGUCAUAGAGACCACUAAGGAGUACCCCAAAAUCACUUUGAACAAAAUGUCUAUGGACGAGAGCGACCUCAGUAAACCGAACGUCAAGGAGUCCCUUCUAAACAAAAUUAAUAGGAGCAUUUACAACGACGCCAACGACGGCAGCAGCCCCGACGACUCGCAGGAGUACUACCCGAUGACCACCUCCAUGACGCGCGAGCUGAGGCUCGAGCUGGAGCAUUUAGAUCGGCAGGUGUUCGGGCCCUCGUACGUCAACCGCUGCAGCAUGAUCGACUCGCCCUCCGACUCCACCAGCACAGAGGAUAAAGGCGAGGAACAGAGCAAGCAGGAGACGAAGGAUACACUAGAGCUUCAAACCGAGGUCGGAGAAACAUCAAAGCGAUCACCCAUGGACACGAUAAAGUCGAACGCCCGGAGUGCGGAAGGUAUUUACCUGUGGGAGAACCCGCUCCACGCGCUGCCGGCGCGGGCGGCGUCGUGCCCGCACACGCCCGACGAGCACCCCGAGCUGGAGCUGGACGACACGGCCGACAUCUUCGAGGAGGGCGGCCGCAAGUCCGUCACGCCCAUCCGCAAACACCGCCCGCCCCACCCGCCUGACCUUCCGCAGACACACACCCCCGAGGCCAAGGACGACGGCGGCUCCAAAUCACACAAAUUCUUCUCCAACAUGUCGCAGGAGUUGGAAAACGCGAAGAGAAACUGCGAGUCGCUGUUGAACGCGAAGCCGACGAAUCUGCACAGCGUCGCGUCGACCAUAAACAACUUCCAGAAGAAGUAUGAGGCCUUAAAACCGCCGCUGCAGAAGAGUUUUGCCGCGGGCGACGGGGUUAAGAGUAUAAGCGGACUGCCGCCGCCGGGCGUGUUCGGCGGCGGGAACCCGUUCCUCAUGUUCCUGUGCCUGACGGUGCUGCUGCAGCACCGCGACUACGUCAUGCGGAACCGCAUGGACUACAACGAGCUCGCGAUGCACUUCGACAAGAUGGUGCGCAAGCACAACGUCAACCGAGUGCUCAACCAGGCGCGCCACAUGUACGCCGUCUAUCUCAAACACCAAAACAAAGGUGACGUCACCACGUGAACCUAUAUUGCUCAUAGUGUAUUUUCGUAAGUAUUUAUCGAAUUGUAACACUAGUCGAGACUAUGAUAUUCUAUUACAUUCAAUAAUGGAACAAUGGUGACUGAGUUGACAGAGUACAGACGUGCAAUAAAAUUUGCAUCAGUACUGCGGCGGCAGCACGAUCGCAUUUUUAUCACUUGUCAUGUCACCAUGCCUGUCACGUUCUAACAAGUAAGUGCGAAAGGGCAUAGUGACAGGCGAUAAAUAUGGAACCAUGCUGCGCCCGCUGGUCCCAAUAUGUAUACAAAUGUAAAUUUAAUUCAAUUAAGUAAGUAAAUAUUAUACGUAUUAAAAAUCUUGACUGUAGAGGUACUAAGAGAAGACGAAGCUAGCGGAAAUUUUGUGAAAGUGAGAAGCAAACGUAUAUUUUAAUAAAUGGAAAAACAGUCAAGGCUCCAUGGUAUUCGCGCAGUGUUAGUUUAUUAUUGUUUCGACUGCAGUAUUUUCAAAAUCUUACUACGUAUUUAUUGAGAUUAAUUUUCCGCCCUCUAUUAAACUUUUGAACAAUAUAUGUAGUUACAAACAAUAUCGACUUGUUAUCAUAUUGACAACUAUUAAAUACCGCGCAGGUCUAAAACUGUCAAGGUGUUUAAAAAUGUAAAUCGACAAAGUAUUACAUUGUAUUUAAGUGCUCAUUAACAAAUCUGUUUACUUUAAUUAGUAUAUUUCAAAUAAUUCUGAUGGCGUUAUUUUUAACCCUUUUCCAGGCCGCACCAAUCUACGAGGUUUUCCCAAAAAAUCCAGCUUUGAUGAUUCAUUUGAAGGCAAGUCACAUUUCCCGAAAGUGCAAUCUAAAUUGAACCUUAAAUCGGAACACUAAAGUUGAAAUUCUUUUGGCGCGUAUGUGGUCGGUAUAUUGGACUAUGCCUGGAAAAGGGUCAAAGAAUAUUGUACCAACAAUUGUGCAAGCAAUGAGUUAGUUUACGAAGGACUGAUUAACAAGUAAUUUAAUGUAUUAAUUAUGUUUGGGGUCAGUUUUAAAAAGAUCCGCUAUAGACUAACUAAUGUCAUAAAAAGACUGUAUUGUCGGCAAUUAUGUUGUCUGACGAGUAGUAACGGGUCUUUUUAAAACCGAAGCCUUUAUUCCAAAGAACUUAUUUUGACAUUUGUGAUAUUUUUGCAUCUAUCUACUCUUUAUUAUAUUAGUUUUUAUAAAAUAUGAAGUACGUAAUUUUGUUGACUAUGUUGUGAUAGAUUUUUAAAGUUACAAUAGCUAUUAUUGUGCGGUAUUAGGUCUUAACCUUAUCAGUUAUGCAUUUAUAUUGCAGAAAGUGGUUGAUAUUCGUCAAUAGAUAUCUGAAUCACAUCGAAAUGGGUUAACUGGGUGAGGAAUUGGUUAAUUUCGUCCUAAAAAAAAUAGGUAUGUGAGUAUUAUUUGAGUUUUAACAAGUUCUUCGUUUUGUCCCUGUUUUCAUCAAUCAUGAAUAAAAUGUGGUCAGUGGUCAGAUAUGUAGAUGAAUCUAACUAAAUGUCUUUGUAUAUUUUUAGCUAAUUUCCUCCAUAUACCUAUAUGUAUAGAGCGCCCAAUCAAUGUAUAGCACAUUAUAAAACGUAUGUAAUAUCUAACAAUGAAUCUUAUUUUCAAGAACGUAUUAGGUCAGGGCAAAACUGCGUUCAUGAAACAAAUUUAAAUGCUCAUAUGUCAACUUGUGAUGUCCGUGAUCACAUACGAUACAAGCUUUAUAUUAGUUUUAUGGUUUUACUCUCAUAUUUACUUCUGUAAAAUAUUUACUCGAUACCUAACGAUGUGAAAGUAAAUCUAGUCGACGAGAAUUGUCGAGGCUUAUCGAAUUAUUCCAUAACUAUUUCGAAAAUAGUUGCCGAACUAUAAUAAUAAGAAAAAAUCUCGUACCUUUAUAUUGACUCUUAUUUCAAGUACUUACAUGCUUGUGGCCUACAGCAUUACAAUGUUACCCAUUAAAUUGUGUAUUAUAUUUUUUAAUCAAUAUUUUACUGAAUUAAUUAUCGCUGAAUGAAAAAUAAACUAUUAGCUUGAACAGGAA